AUGGAAACAGUGACAGUAGUUAGAACAAUAAAUACAAUAGUUCCUGGAUCAAUACAGAAUAGAGUAAAAGUAAAUACACUACCUUCAAUAGGAUUAUCAGAAAAUUAUGAAGCACAACCCACACGUAAUGAUGCCAUAAGAACAAUAGAAGACAAUUCUCUAAGUAAUUGUUAUAAUAUGCUAUUAAAGAAAUUUAAUAAAUCAGCAGAAGUGAUUAAAUAUGCCUUAGAAAGUACAUUUUGCUUUCUAGUAUUUAGUAGAAAUACGCCCACUAGAAGGUACAAUAAAGCAAUUUUAAAAACAGUAAGUUAUUAA